UUCAAUCAAAGGAAAAAGCCCGAGAAAUCUUUCUGACAUUAAAUUAUGGCGAAUUUCCAGGCAGGGACAGCUGCGGUUCCUUCAACCCAAGUUGAAAUCAGUGUAGCCUGUCGAAAUUUACGAGACAGAGAUGCAUUUUCAAAGUCAGAUCCAAUUUGUGUUCUAUAUAACAAAGAUGUUCGUACAAAUUCUUGGCAUGAGUUUGGAAGAACAGAAAUGAUAAAAGACUGCUUAAAUCCAGAUUUUGUCAAGAAAUUCAUGAUGAAUUUCAUGUUUGAAGAAUCACAGAAAUUAAAAUUUGAAAUUUAUGAUGUAGAUUCUCCAAGCUCUAGACUUGAAGCUCAGGACUUUUUAGGAAGACUCGAGUGCACCUUAGGAGAAAUUGUGGGGCUCGGAGGAAAGAUUGAAAAAAAAUUAGAAGGUAUUAAAGGAUUGGGACAAAUUACAGUUAGAGCAGAAGAGGUCAGCUCCUGCAAGGAAUCAGCAACAUUACAUUUUAAUGCUACCAAGUUGGACAAGAAAGAUUUUCUUGGAAAGUCUGAUCCAUUCCUGAUUUUUUACAAGGCAAAUGAAGAUAACAGUUACACAGCUGUGCAUAAAACAGAAGUGAUAAAAAAUACCCUAAAUCCAACAUGGCGACCUUUCUCAAUACCAUUGCGGACAUUAUGUAAUGGAGAUUAUGACAGAUCUAUCAAAGUUGAAUGUUAUGACUGGGACAGUGAUGGCAGCAGCCAUGAUUUAAUAGGAAUUUUCUCAACAAAUAUGACACAGUUAAAGAAAGGACAAUGUCCUGAUAAUGAUUAUGAUUGUAUUAAUCCCAAGAAAAAGGCUAAGAAAAAAGGAUAUAAGAAUUCAGGACAGGUACAUUUACUCAGUUGCAAGAUAGAACAAAAUCCAACAUUCCUUGAUUAUGUGAAAGGAGGAACAUCAUUAAAUUUUACAGUUGCAAUAGAUUUCACAGCAUCUAAUGGUAAUCCAUCUCAGUCAACUUCAUUACAUUAUCUUAAUCCAUAUCAACCAAAUCAAUACUCGGCAGCCAUUCAGGCUGUAGGGGAGAUAAUUCAGGAUUAUGACAGUGAUAAGCAAUUUCCUGUGUUAGGAUUUGGUGCAAAACUCCCUGAUGGAUCAGUAUCACAUGAGUUUCCAUUGACAUUUAACCCCCAGAACCCUUAUUGUGCUGGACUUCAGGGAAUACUAUCAGCUUACUACAAUGCUCUACAAAAAGUGCAAUUAUAUGGACCAACUAAUUUUUCUCCAGUCAUUAAUCAUGUAGCAAGGUUUGCUGAGACCAACAGAGAUGGUAGUAAUUACUUUGUAUUGUUGAUCCUAACAGAUGGAGUCAUAACAGAUUUGCAUAAUACUAUAGAAUCAAUUGUUAAGGCUUCAAAUCUUCCAUUGUCUAUUAUCAUCAUAGGAGUGGGUGAUGCAGAAUUUGAUGCUAUGGAUGUAUUAGAUGCAGACAAUCAAAGACUAUGUUCUAGUGGAAGAUAUGCAGUCAGAGACAUUGUUCAGUUUGUUCCAUUUAGAGAUUUUCUUGGUGGGAAGUUUGGUAGUAAUAUGAAUAUAUCACAAGCAGCAUUAGCUAAAGAAGUACUGGCAGAAAUACCUGAUCAAGUGAUUCAAUAUAUGAAAGCUCAUGGUGUCAAACCAAAACCAGCAAAAUCAGACAUUCAACUUCCAGGACAGCAAUCUAAUGUUCCUAGUCAACCUCCACCUUCAUUUCAACAAUCUCAAGGUCAACCUGGGUACCCUCAAGGUCAAGGACAGGCAAUGCCACAAGCUGGCUAUCCUGGUCAAGCAAGCUUUCAUGGAAGGCCUCCGCACGGAGGUGGACCACCUUAUCCUGGAGGUCAGAGUGGAGCUCCUCCCUAUCCACAAAGUACACCUUCUGCAAACACACAACAAAGUGGAGCACCAUCAGGUAGUGCUCCACCCUACCCGCAAGGCCAAGGAUUACCACCAGGUAGACCUCCUCCACCACAAGUAGGGUCACAGCAAAGUGGUGCACCUCCAUAUCCUUCACAGGGUCAAACUGGCACACAGCAAAGUGGUGCACCACCAUAUCCUUCACAGGGUCAAACUGGCAUGCCAUCAGCGCCACCUCCAUAGAAGACAGUUAAAAUCAGAAUCUUUUUGAACAAAACUACAGUAUACAAAUGAAUGGAAAUUUAAAGUUUUAAAAUGUCUGUAAUGGUAUAUGAAUGUAUUUUGUGCUUUCAUUUUUAUAUGACCGCAAAAUUUGUCAUAUAUUGGUAUCACCUCGUCGUCGUCGUCAGCAUCUUCCGAAGACAGUUGGUUUCCGGACAAUAACUUUAGUAUAAUUAAAUAGAAAUCUAUGAAAUUUAAACACAAGGUUUAUAACCACAAAAGGAAGGUUGGGAUUGAUUUUGGGGGUUAUGGUCCUAACAGAUUAGGAAUUAGGGGCCAAAAAGGUACCCAAAUAAUUUUUUUGAGCUGAAAGGGGUGAUUUUAAAAAGAAAAAAUAACACUGGGUAUUUUUUAGUGAAAUAAUAAUGAAAAUGAUGACGUUCUACAUUUCAAUCCUGGUGUUGUCAAGUUGUGAUGGUCGUCUCUUAUAUCAAUGUCAUACAGAAGCUUGUAUAAAGAAAAAAAUGUCUGACUACCUGUAGCUAAGAAAUGGCUGGAUCACAGCACCGAUGAUUCUUUGAUUUUUAUUAAGUUCAGCUUUCUUUAAACCAGAUCAAACGAUUUUGACCUUAUAUACUUAGGACAAAACAACUGUGAUACCUUAAAAUCUCUGAGACUGCUGGAACUGUAUAUGUAUGUUUUAUUAGAUAUUUUUAUAUUUUGUUAUGCUUAAAAAAGAAUAGUUUGCAUUUAUUGCCUAUGUUAGAAAUAAGGGUACUAGACAUCAGAGGUGAUUUCAUAGAUUUGAAAUUCAGAUUUAUUAACUUUAAGUGACCUCAUUAGAUCAACAGAUACAACAGUAUUUCUGAAAUUCCAUACUUAUUAUUUGUGUUUAAACUAAAAUUAUUUGCAUGUGUAUUUAAUUAAGCAUUUACAUUUAACCUAAUUUUUAAUUUUGUGAUUUUUGUUAAUUUAUUUUGUUAUAACUAAAUCAUUCAUGUGUAAUCAACUAUUCAUACUUUUAUAAUAUACAAUUUAUUUUAUAUUAAGCUGCAUAAAAGUUACAAAUGUGCAAUAGAUGAGCUUCAUUCUCAAACAUGUAGACUAUAAAUAUCUGCUAUUGUCAGUAUGGUCAUAUAAGUGUUUUAUCUGUUAUACAUGUGCCUAUUUUUAUGAACAAAAUUGUGAAAUUUUUGUUGAAGCUAAGACUUCUUUGUAUAUUUUAGAUCAGAAACAAAUAUUUGAUUUCAAUUUCAGAAACCAAAUUUCUUUGUUGUUUUUACAGAAUCUCUGCUUUUUAGACCUGGCUUUUCUGUCAUAAAAUUUUGACUCAGUUCUCAAAGCACAAAAUGUGUGCUCAAAACAUUGAAUCCAGUAUUUUGAUUGGUUGAUUUCUGAGUCUCAGUACAAAAAAAGUACUGCCAAAUUGUAUGACUGUAAGGCCUGGAAAGCAAAAGUAAUGGAUAUUGGUAUGUUAUAUUACUGUAUAUGUACUGAACUAAAAUAGAAACAUUUUUAUAUGAUUCCAUAAUAAAACAUAUGCUUAUUUAUUUUUUGAAUUUCUUGAUAUUCAAAAAGAUUUGAUACAUUUAUCAUAAACUAUAAAUUUAAAUAGGAACGACAAGAUACAUACAUGUAUUUGGAAUAAAUACAUACAUGUAUUGGAAAGUUUUCAAUAUAGUUACUUAUGGUAUGACAUUUUAGGCUGAAUCUUACCCUAUGCUAAUGUCUACUGUCCAUUUAAAUGGUAUGGCAUUUUAGGCUGAAUCUUACCCUAUGCUAAUGUUUUACUGUCCAUUUAAAUGGUAUGACAUUUUAGGCUGAAUCUUACCCUAUGCUAAUGUUUUACUGUCCAUUUAAAUGGUAUGGCAUUUUAGGCUGAAUCUUACCCUAUGCUAAUGUCUACUGUCCAUUUAAAUGGUAUGGCAUUUUAGGCUGAAUCUUACCCUAUGCUAAUGUCUACUGUCCAUUUAAAUGGUAUGGCAUUUUAGGCUGAAUCUUACCCUAUGCUAAUGUCUACUGUCCAUUUAAAUGGUAUGGCAUUUUAGGCUGAAUCUUACCCUAUGCUAAUGUCUACUGUCCAUUUAAAUGGUAUAGCAUUUUAGGCUGAAUCUUACCCUAUGCUAAUGUUUCACUGUCCAUUUAAAUGGUAUGGCAUUUUAGGCUGAAUCUUACCCUAUGCUAAUGUUUCACUGUCCAUUUAAAUGGUAUGGCAUUUUAGGCUGAAUCUUACCCUAUGGUAAUGCCUACUGUCCAUUUAAAUGGUAUGGCAUUUUAGGCUGAAUCUUACCAUAUGGUAAUGUUUCACUGUCCAUUUAAAUGUUCAAGACUGUAAGAUGCAAACCAUGAAUACAGCAAAGAUUUCACUUCUAAAGCUUCAACUGUGAACAAAACCUAACAUGAAAAUAACCCAAUAAAUGGUAUAAUCUGUCAGUUAUAGAGAAUAUGAACUUCUGGAAACGCUUCUUCUUUUCUUCAGUGUAUCUUACAUUUACAUACAUGUAUCUAUAAGUUUUUCUAUGCUUUUGUAUUAAAUAAUGAUAUCUUAUACAUUUUAAUUGUUAUUAAUGUUAUUAUAUAUAUAUUUAAAAUAUAUGAAUAAAUACAUUUAGUGAAGAUC